AAUAGUUAAGUUUCGGUUUCCAAUCCUCAGAAAUGAUUCCGAGCCUUCCUACUGCAGUGAAUACAGCAGCUGCUCAGAGCUGCAGUUGCUGUCUGGUUGGUCUGGUUCAGCUGGGAGCAGGACAACAGGAAGAGGGUGAACAAUAAUGGAGCUAGAGUCAGGAAUAUUACAGUUUAUCUGCGCUAGUCAGGGAUCAGUGAACACUGAGGAGCUGCUGUGUAACCUCGGCUCAGGCGAUGCUACGGCUGACAUCAUCAGUAACCGAGAGAAAUUCGCCUUCGUUUGUCCGUUCGGUCAGCCGAAGGUGGUGGCGCGGACCAGGCUGAGGCUGUGCCUCUUGAAGGACUGUCCGGGCGCGUGCACUGGGCUGCACUUGUGUAAAAAGUUCCUCUUUACUGGAUCCUGUCCGUUCACCCGCACGAGGACUGGAUGCAGAUUCUCCCAUUGCCUGGACUCUUUCCACAAUGCAGCGAAGCUGACUGAGCAUGGUCUGGAGAGCCUGAGCCGGAGUGAGCUGUGCACCCUGCUGCUGCAGAGCGACACCAGGCUCCUGCCUCAGAUAUGUCAUAAUUACAACAAUGGUGGUGGGCGGCUGGGCCUGUGUCAAGAGGGCGAUAAUUGCACAAGAUUGCACAUCUGCGAGAAGUACCUGAACAGCGUCUGCAGCUGCACCAAGAACCAUGAUUUUAGCGCUCCACAGCCACAAAAGAGCCUGUCUGACAGAGGCGUGCCGGACCAACUCUUUCCCUCGUUGAUGUCUGUCUAUGCCAACCUGCUGGCUCUGAAGUACGCCGACAGACAGGGCGACUCCGAUGCCAGCGGCGCCGAUGGUCUGAUUCCACCACAGAGAGAGAGGCAAAGAGGGAGAGGGAGAGCUGGUUUCCGGGGCAACCCAGGCAACAUGGGCAACCGAGGCAACAGAGGAAACAUGGGCAACCGUGGCAACAGGGGCUUCAGGGGGAACAGAGGCAACCGGGGCAACAGAGGAAAUCAAGACAACCAGCCAACCCGUUCCACUGAUGAAGUCUUUGCUGACUUCGAAAUCUUAGAUCCGUUCACCGAAGAUGGCCUGAGCCAAGAUCGGAGACCUACCUCCCCGUACAGCGACGUCUCUGCUGCUGCCAACGACACCGAUGCCAGCAGCGACGAUGGAAAGAGCAGAAAGCCAAAUCUGAAUAAAACCUCAGCCGCUGUCCCAGGGAGAGGCAGCGACAGGGGCAACCAUCAACCGCUGAACAGGAGUCGGGCUACUGCUGACCCUGAGUCAGUCAGCGACAACGCAAACAGUGAGGAUGGAGCCAGAAGAAGACCGAGGCCUGUCAGAGAUAAAACUGAGAUAUGCAUGUUCUUCAUCAAAGGACACUGUAAACAUGAGGACGAGCGAUGUUAUAAAGCCCACAACAAGAUGCCGUACAGCUGGCAGGUGCUGCUGGAUGAUCAGUGGACUGCCCUACCUAAUAAUGAGACCAUUGAGAAGGACUACUGUGACCCAAAGAACACAUACAGUAGCAGCAACCUGCCUGUAGACUUCGACAUGAUGACCCAAGGAGCGAACAAAGUACGCCGACUCUCCACCUCAAACUCUCUGGUGGAUGUCAGCUUCCUCCACACCACCGAGUGGGUUUGGUACUGGGAGGAUGAGCAUGCAUCCUGGACCAUGUAUGCUUCACGUUCUGGUGGGCACAGCGCAGCAGACACUGGCAGCGCUGAGCUGGAGCAGAAGUUUCUGGACAACGCCAAAGAUGUGGUGGAGUUCAGCGCUGGCUCACAGACAUACUCACUCAGUUUCCAGGACUUGAUCCAAACAAACAAGCAGUACGGCACAAAGAGGGAUGUGAAAAGACGGCCCCGGUUCGUCUCUGCAGCUGAUGUUAGCGCAAAGAACACAAGAAGGCCUCUCGCUCAAUCAAGCACUGUACCGGAUCACUGGGACAAGACACAGAUUUCUCAAACAGGAUACAAGACAGUCUCCCUCCAUCGCACCUCAGGCGAAUAUAUGGAGAUUGAAACCCUCUUCUGUAACACCAUGAGAGGCUUUGACAUCGUGGAAAUAGAAAGGAUUCAGAACAAAGCUCUUUGGGAAGCCUUUCAGUUGAAGAACAAACAGAUGAAGGACAACAACAACGGGCACAAUGUGACAGAAAAGAAGCUUUUUCAUGGCACUAAAUCUGAAUAUGUAGCCGUCAUCUGCCACAAAAACUUUGACUGGAGAGUGUGUGGAGUUAAUGGAACUGCUUUUGGCCAAGGCAGUUACUUUGCCCGGGACGCAAAAUACUCCCACAGCUACACCGAGGACUCUCAUGUGAAAUCCAUGUUCGUGUCGCGGGUGCUGGUGGGGGACUACACCAGAGGGAGCUCCAGCUACCGCAAACCUCCUUCCAAAGACGGGGGGGUCAUCAACCUGUACGACAGCUGCGUCGACGAUGAAAUCAAGCCUUCAAUCUUUGUUGUGUUCGAUUCAAACCAGAUCUACCCCGAGUACCUGCUGCAGUACAAAAGCACGCACCCACUGGUCUCUUUAGUUGCUGCAGUACCAGCACCGACACCAGUACCAGCACCGACACCAGUACCAGCACCAAGACCAGCUCCCAAACUCAGUGUCACAGGUUAUCAAUCUAGCACAUCAUCAUACCGACCCAGUACAUCAUCAUACCGACCCAGUACACCGUCAUACCAACCCAGUACACCGUCAUACCAACCCAGUACACCGUCAUACCAACCCAGCACCUCCACAAACUACCCCUCAGUUAACAGAAUACAGAACAGAUUUAGUCCAUCUCCCACACCCACCCCAGUUAACAGAACAUCCAGAUUUAGUCCAUCUCCCCCACCCACCCCGAGCCCAAAGAAGUCGUCUGAUUCCUGCGUCAUUUCUUAAGGACAGGGAUGAAGUGAGGGCAUGAUGAUAAUAUGGAGCUUAGUGUGUACAGAGGGCUGUGAGUCAUUUGGGGAAUAGAUUAAAUAUAGUAAUGACAGCCGAACAGCACCCUUCAGAGAACCUGGAAAACAGCUUUUCCCCAUGUUUCCUGUCUAACUGAGUAAUGGGUACAUCAGUCUUUAACUGGUCUAGUGAUGAGGGAUAAACUGAAAGGCAGCCAGGUAACAGGCUGUGUGCCACUGACAUGCUCAGUUUUAAAUGUGUGUCCGACACCUUUAUAGUUGGAGUCAUUGUAUUGGAUUAAAGAAGCGUUGCUUAUUGUUAUUUUAAAGCGAGUUAUUGUCAUGGCGGAAUAUAAAUCUGAUAUUGACAAUGUGCAAUUGAUUCACAACCUCUGAACAAGACUUCUCAGAGAGAGACACAAUAAGCAAAGGUAAAAUAAAAUGGCAUAGGGAUAUAUAUUUUUGUAAUCCUCUGGAGCAGAGAGAGGAGCUGUGGAUUAUUGUUAUUGAUUAGUGCAGCAGUGUUUCUUAGGGUCAAAAACACUAAACUCUUAAAAUGAAAGUGUUUAGUUUAUUUAAUAAAAGAGCACAUGUUCAAUGUGAAAAGUGACAGUAGAUACAGAUUAGAUGCAAUUUGGUGCAAAAUAUAUAUAUUACAAAUAAAAAAAUAAUUUAAAUAUUUAAAAAAAAAAGAUUUUCUGUUAAACACCUUGCAUGUCAGGAGGGGUGGGGGGCUCCGUUGGCGGGGCGCAGCGCCCCUCCAAGACAAUGGUAGGGGAAACACUGAAGUGUUUGAUCAUCGAUUUUGUACCAAUAAAUCAAUAUAGAAGGAGGGCGGCGGCAAGAUGACGUAAUUGCAGAGCAAAUCAAUCGUCAAAUGAAAAAAACUUCUCAGCAAGAUUUUAACACAGCCUUUUUGAUUUUCCUGUUAUUAUUCCCCACUAUUGUUUCUGUGUUUAAAACAAGCUUAUGAUUUGCAUCUUACAGUACGUCAUGUUUUAUUCAUUAAGUCUGUUUCCAUUGCACUUAUUUAGGAUCAACAUUAAUAUAUGUGGAAUUAAUCAGAAAAAUGCUCAGGAAACGUUAUACAUUACAAUAGCCUUUUCUCUCGUUGACUGUUAUAAUGAACACUAUAUCAUACUGUAUGUAGUCAUUAUUACAGCAGGGGGUCUGCUGCACGGCCCCCAGCCAGUAGAGGGCCACACCAUCGUUAUUGGCAUUCAAAAAUAAGCCAUCAAAUGUAAAGCUUCUUACACUAAGUGCAAAUUAGAUAAUUAUAUUAUUAUAAUGUGUAGCUACUUGUAGGUUGUGUGUGUAAUUUGUGUCUUACUUCACAAUUGCACUGCUUUUACUUUUCAAAAAACUCUGCUGUUUGCAAACAUUGCUGAUUUUGUGAGUUGAAUAAAUAAAAAAACACGUCACGGUG